AUGUCCCACUUUGAUGAUAGUUCCCGUGCGCGCCAUGACCGAUCUUCAGAGACACUGGAUUCCGAGUCCAUUCGGCAGAUGUUGGAGGAUGGCGAACUGGACACUAUGAGAUGGGAGGAUGAUGACAUAGCACUCCGUUCUGCUGCAUCCAACAGCAGAUUACCAUAUGAUAAACUAACUGCUCAAGAACUGCUGCAACUGUGGCAUCUUGAACCUAAUGUGGAGCUUACUAGUGAAGAUGCCAUCGAGAAUCUUCCCAUCCCCUUCAAUACUGCUUUGGUUCUUACAUCCAAAAGAAAACGGGUCAUUAUUAUUGGUGCAGGCGCAGCCGGUAUAGCAGCCCUGAAGCAGCUUCACUUUUUUGGAUUUGAUGUCACCCUACUGGAAGCACGAAAACGGCUGGGAGGUCGAGUGCACACGUACCACCAGAAGGACUCCAGUAUCGUCGCCGAUCUGGGAGCUAUGGUUGUCACAGGAAUAAAUGGAAAUCCAAUUGUGACGAUGAUGCGACAAACGCAGUGCACUCCAAUCCGAAUUGCGCCAGAUUGUCCAAUUUACGACGAAUACGGCAAACUUGUUGAUCAACGAAAAGACGAACUUGUUGCAGAAGCUUUCAAAAAAUUGGUCGACAUCAGCGUCUACAAUUGCACAUCCCUGCAUGUUUACUGA